AUAUAGAGGGGAGCAAAACAAAUACACAUUCCUUUUUUAUUUUUUUCUUCUCUCUUCCUUUUUAACUCCUUUCUCAUUUCUCCUAUUCUAAUUCUUCUCUCGCUCUCUGGUUUUGGAGUGCGCACGUUAGCCUCCAUUGUCUCUAUCCUACACACCCGGAGGGAAUAUUCAGGGAGGCGAAAUCUAGGGUUAGGACUUUGAUGCUUUGGCGGGGAUCAUCGGGAUCCGUUAAACGGGUUAGCAGUUCGGGUCGGACCCUCCCAUGGCAAAUUCCGGUGGCGGGAAUAAGUUUGUUUCAGUCAAUCUGAACAAGUCUUAUGGCCAACAACCAUCUAAGCAGCACUACCAUUCACCUCAUUCGGGUUCCUAUGUCUCAAAUCGCACACGAACUGGUGCUGGCAGUGGAGGAAUGGUGGUUCUUUCGCGUCCUCGUAGCUCUCAAAAGACUGGGUCCAAGUUAUCUGUUCCACCCCCCUUGAAUUUACCAUCCUUGCGAAAGGAACAUGAGCGAUUUGAUUCGUUGGGAUCCAGCGGUGUGCCUGCCAGUGGAGGCGUUUCCGUCACUGGGCCAAGGCCUGGUUCGUCCGGAAUGGGAUGGGCUAAACCCGGUUCAGUUGCUUGGCAGGAGAAAGAAGGGUUGGUUGGUGGUGAUGAUCACGUGAAUGACAGGGUUGGUCGUUUGAAUGCUGAUGAUGGGAUGACUAAGGCAAGUAGUGGUGUUUAUAUGCCGCCUUCUGUUAGGUCAGGGUCUACUUCCUCCACGUCUGCUUCAGCGAUAGGUUUUCCGCCUUUGGAUAAAGCUACAGUUUUGAAGAGAGAGGAAUUUCCUUCAUUGCAAGCAGCAUUACCUGUUGUAUCAGGGGCUGAAAGGAAACAGACAGAUGGUUUGAAUCAGAAGCAGAAGCAAUUGGCGAUGGCAGGGCAGGAGUUGUCCGAUAAGCAUGGGGACAGAUCACAAUCAAUUACAGUUAUUGAUAUGCUUCCUCAAUUGCAGUCGGGGAGAAUUGCCGUUGACAAUGGAUUGAGUGAGAAUGGUGGAGAAGCUCGUAGUACAAGUGGUUCUCGUUUAUUAGAACAAGGCAGGAAGCAGGAUGAGUACUUCCCGGGGCCACUUCCUUUGGUUAGUUUGAAUCCAAGAUCUGAUUGGGCUGAUGAUGAGCGUGAUACAGGUCAUGUUUCGGACCACAGGAGGGAUCAGGGCUAUUCGAAAACUGAAGCGUACUGGGAUAGAGAUUUCAAUAUGCCAAGAGCUGGUGUACUUCCACAUAAACCAGCUCAUGGUCUUUUUGACAGGAGGGGACUGCAUGACAAUGAUACUGGAAGAACACUUUCCAGUGAAGUCGCUAAAUUGGACCCUUAUGGCAUGGAUGCAAAACUACCAAGUAGAGAAGGGCGGGAAGGAAAUGCAUGGAGAGCAUCUUCUCCUCUUCCUAAAGAUGGAAUUGGGUCUCAAGAGAUUGCAAGAGACAGAAAUAGUGUUGGCACAAGGCCUUCAAGUAUGAACAGAGAAAAGGAAAAUAAGUACAUUUCAUCACCUUUCCGGGACAAUGCUCAGGGUGAUAAUGGAAGGAGGGAUUUGGGUUAUGGAAACGGAGGAAGACAAGCUUGGAACAAUUCAGCAGAUUCUUUUAGUAGUAGAGGGUCAGAGAGGAAUACAAGGGAGCGUUAUGGCAAUGAACAAUACAAUAGACACAAAGGUGAUGCUUUCCAGAACAGUUUUUUAUCAAAACCAUCUUUUCCUUUGGGUGGUAAAGCACUUCCUGUUAAUGAUCCUAUACUAAAUUUCAGUAGAGAAAAACGUCCUUUGUCCAAGAAUGAAAAAUCUUAUCUAGAAGAUCCAUUGAUGAAGGACUUUGGGGCUACGAGAUUUGAUGGAUGGGAUCCUUUUUCUGCAAACCUUGUCGGGGUUGUUAAGAGGAAGAAAGACACAGUUAAACAAACUGAUUUUCAUGACCCUGUCAGGGAAUCAUUUGAGGCUGAACUUGAGAGAGUGCAGAAAAUGCAGGAACAAGAGAGGCAGCGAAUUAUUGAGGAACAGGAGAGAGCAUUGGAGCAAGCUCGUAGAGAAGAAGAGGAGAGACUUCGGUUGGCAAGGGAACAAGAAGAGCAGCAGAGAAGGUUAGAAGAAGAGGCUAGGGAAGCUGCAUGGAGAGCUGAACAAGAGAGGUUGGAAGCUUUGCGAAGGGCAGAAGAACAGAGAAUAGCCAGAGAAGAGGAAAAACGCAGGAUAGUUAUGGAGGAGGAAAGAAGAAAACAGGCUGCUAAACAAAAACUCAUUGAGUUGGAAGAAAGGAUUGCCAAGAGGCAGGCUGAAGGAGUGAAGGGUGGUAAUAAUUUUUCUACCGGAGUGGAUGAGAAAUUACCAGGGAUGGCCAAAGAAAGAGAUGUAUCAAAGGCAACAGGUGUUGGUGAUUGGGAAAAUGGUGAAAGGAUGGUGGAAAGAAUCACAACUUCAGCUUCCUCUGAUUCUUCUGGUCUGAAUAGAUCCUUUGAGCUGACUUCCAGGCCUAACUUCUCUAAUGCUUCUUCUUCAUUCUCAGAUAGAGAUAAGCCCUAUAAUUCUUGGAGGAGAGAUGUAUUUGAGUACGGAAACAGUUCAGCCUUCACCGGGCAGGAGACAGAGAAUGGUCACCAUAGCCCCAGGCAAGAUGUAUCUGCCGGAAGUAGGCCAUAUUCAAGGAAAGAGUUUCAGGGUGCACCUCCAUACAUGUCUUCUAGGCCUCACUAUAGAGCAGGGGUUUCCGAAACUAGUUUAGAUAAUUUUGGUCAGCCAAAAGGUCAGAGGUGGAAUGUUUCUGGGGCUGGUGUUGAUCAUUAUGGUAGAAGUGCUGAGUUUGGAUCUGAAUAUCAUGAGAAUCUUUCUGAUAAUUAUGGUGAUGUGACAUGGGGGCAGCGAUCUCGUGGUAAUAUUUAUCCGCCUUACCCUGAAAGAUUCUAUCACAACCCUGAGGAUGAUGGGCUUUAUUCCUUUGGGAGGUCAAGGUAUUCUGUGAGGCAGCCUCGCGUUUUACCUCCUCCAUCUUUGUCCCCAAUGCAGAAAUCCUCGUAUAGAGGUGAGAAUGAGCAUCCUGGUCCAUCAACUUUUCUAGAAAAUGAGAUACAGUACAAUCAGGCAACAAGAUGUGGAUCUAGCAUGGAGAACGUUUAUGAUGAUGGGCAGCAAGAUGAUCUUGGACAUCAUGGAAUUAUAGAUAAUCAGCGUUGUAAUACUGAUAAUGAGGCUCAGAAAUUGGAUGGCAAUGCCACAAGGUGUGACUCUCAGUCAUCUCUGUCUGUUUCAAGCCCUCCUGAUUCUCCAGUUCAUCUAUCUCAUGAUGAUUUGGAUGAAUCUGGAGGUUCUACAGUGUUAUCAGCUGAAGAGAAUAAAGAGGUCAACUUGUCAAGGCCAGAAAUAGAACCGCUAGUGUUACCUACUGAAGCUGGGAAACAGGAUGUCCGGACUGCAUCAAGUUCUAUUUCUGCUGGUGAUGAUGAGGAAUGGACUGUUGAUAACAAUGAACAGUUGCAGGAGCAAGAAGAAUAUGACGAGGAUGAAGAUGGAUACCAGGAAGAAGAUGAAGUGCAUGAAGGAGAUGACGGCAAUAUUGACCUGACUCGAGAGUUAGACGAAUUGCAUCUAGAGGAUAAGGAGACCCCUGACAUGAUGGACAACUUGGUCUUAGGCUUCAAUGAGGGGGUUGAGGUUGGCAUGCCAAAUGAUGAAUUUGAAAGAAGUUCAAGGAAGGACUCUUCGUAUGCAAUAAAACAGAUUCCUAUUGGCCCUCUUGAAGAAAAUAUAUCUUUGGACGGUAUGCAUAGUGAUACAAAAAUCCUUCAGUCCAUGGAUGCUCCUUGUCAAGAGGGUUUAGAUAGUUCUUCUAGAAUCUUUCAAGAAACUGAGAACGAAGUGCAGGAUCUAGUUAUUCAGCCUAAUACCUCUCUGCAAGCAGCAGCAGCAUCUAAGCUCAUUGAUCAUGUGGAUGUUACUGGUGGCAGUGGUAUGUCGACAGAGCAUAAUCUCCCCGACUCUGUCAACACGGCUUCUCAUUCAUCUUCUAGUCAGAGUAGCUUGCCUACCACUUCUGUUCCUAAUCACACUGAAGUACCUGUUAAGCUCCAAUUUGGACUGUUUUCAGGUCCUUCUUUAAUACCAUCUCCAGUUCCGGCCAUACAAAUUGGUUCCAUACAGAUGCCUCUUCAUCUGCAUCCUCCGGUUUGCCCUCCAUCCCUCACCCAAAUGCACCCAACACAGCCUCCUCUCUUUCAGUUUGGUCAGUUGAGGUAUACAUCUCCAAUUUCCCAGGGAGUGCUGCCUUUGGCUCCUCAAUCUGUGUCUUUUGUCCAGCCAAAUGUUCGAGGCAACUUCUCCCUUAACUUGAACCCUGGAGUUCCUCUGCCUGUUCAGCCCAGUCAAGACACUUCUGGGCUUAAUAUGAUGAAAAGUGAAGUUUCAUCUCCUUUGGAUAACCAGUCAGGGCUUCCAAGGUCCUUGGAUUUAUCACAAGGGAAUGUGUUGAAUGAGGGAAGUUCCACACCAGCCGGGGAAAGCAGAAAAAGUGUUGUGGCACAGCAUGGUAAUGUUGAGAUAUCAAAUAUUGGUGAUAAUGCAGCUAGGUCUGAGUCAGGUUUCUCUUCGGAAGACCAGGGGCACAAGAAUUCUGUUCAUAGAAACUUCAAAGCAUUGUCAAAUAAACACUCAGAAGGUGAACUUCAAACUGUUCUGACAUCAUCUCACUUAGCUGCAAAAGAGAAAGAUAUAAGUGGAUUAAGGGGCCAAACUUAUGGUAUUAGGGGAAAAAAGUAUGUCUUUACGGUUAAAGGUUCUAACUCAAGAUCAGCUUUUCUGGCUUCCGAGGCCUCUCACCAAGACUCUAGUGGAUAUCAAAGGAGGCCUCGACGAGCUCGAGCAGAGUUUAGGAUUAGGGAAAAUUCUGAAAAGAAGCACUCUUCUGGAAUGGUUUCUUCGGACCACCCUAAUCAAGUGUUGCCAAACUCAAGUACCAAUGGAAGGGGUACUGGAUUUUCUGCAAGAAAUAGGAUGAGGAAAGUUGUGGUGAAUAAGUCAAAACAGACAAUUGAAUUUGAAUGCUCAAAUUCAGCUCCAAGCAGUUCCCAGGAGAUAGAUUCUGGAAACAGGAAUGAAAAGGGAUUGGGAAAAGAUUCUUUGAUGAGGAUUCAGAAUAUCCCACAUUCUGGGAAAGGUAAUCUUAAGAGGAAUAUUGAGGAAGAUGUGGAUGCUCCUCUGCAAAGCGGCAUAGUGCGUGUUUAUGAGCAGCCUGGAAUAGAAGCAGCCGGUGAUGAAGAUGAUUUCAUUGAGGUCAGAUCAAAGAGGCAAGUGCUGAAUGACAGGCGUGAGCAGAGAGAAAAAGAAAUCAAAGCUAAGUCUCGGGUUGCAAAGCCACCAAGAAAACUUCGUUCAAUCCCACAAAGCUCAAAUAGAAAUUCUGCUUCAGCAAGUGGAGUAAUGAACAAUGUUCGCUCUGAUCUUGUUACCACUGAAGGACGAAAUCUGGCAAAUAGUGAACUAUCAGCUGCAUUCAGUGCAACUAUAGUAUCCCAGCCCUUGGCUCCAAUCGGUACUCCUGCGACUAAAACUGAUGCGCAGGCUGAUAUAAGAACGCAGGCAGUGAAGUCACUCCAUACAAGCUCCCUUCAAGCCACCUCAGGUGGUGGACAAAGCCUGGUAUCAGGAUUGAUGUUUGAGAGCAAGAAUAAGAUUUUUGACAAUGUUCAGGCAUCUUUGGGUUCGUGGGGUAAUUCAUGCAUUAAUCAAAAGGUGAUGACAUUGACACAGACCCAACUUGAUGAUGCUAUGAAGCCUGUUCAGUUCGAUACUUGUGCUCCUGCUGGAGAUAGCAAUAGCUCAGUUACUGACCCCAGUAUGCCAUCAUCAUCCUUAUUAUUGAAGGACAAGUCCUUUUCUUCUGCUGCAAGUCCAAUAAAUUCUUUGCUUGCUGGGGAGAAAAUUCAAUUUGGAGCAGUUACAUCACCUACAGUUAUUCCUCCUAGCAGCCGUGCUGUUUCACAUGGGAUCGGCCCUCCAGGUCCAUCUAGAUCAGAAAUCCAAAUCCCUCGCAAUCUUUCUGCAGCCGAGAAUGAUUGCACCCUUUUCUUUGAAAAAGAAAAACACCCAGUUGAAUCUUGUGUUCAUAUGGAAGACUGUGAAGCUGAAGCAGCUGCUUCAGCUGUUGCUGUUGCUGCCAUAACUAGUGAUGAGAUUGUGGGGAAUGGGAUGAGUACUUGCAUCGUUUCUGCUUCAGAUAAUAAAGGCUUUGGAGCUGCAGCUAUUGAUGUUAUUAAUACAGGUGAUGGUGGUCAGAAGUUAGCAAGCCAAUCAAAGGCUGAAGAGUCUCUCAGUGUUUCUCUUCCUGCAGAUCUUUCUGUUGAGAACCCACCAAUUUCUUUAUGGCCGCCUUUACCUAGUCCACAGAAUUCUUCAAGCCAGAUAAUUUCUCAUUUUCCUGGAGGCCCUCCUUCGCACUUCCCCUUCUAUGACAUGAAUCCCAUGAUGGGGGGUCCAAUCUUUGCCUUUGGACCACAUGAGGAAUCAUCGUCUACCCAAUCGCAGUCCCAGAAGAGUAGCACACCAGCUUCAGGUCCCUUAGGGACCUGGCAACAAUGCCAUUCUGGAGUAGAUUCAUUCUAUGGUCCUCCAACGGGAUUCACAGGCCAUUUUAUCACCCCACCUGGAGGUAUCCCUGGGGUUCAAGGCCCACCACAUAUGGUUGUGUACAACCAUUUUGCUCCAGUCGGACAGUUUGGACUUAGUUUCAUGGGUACAACCUACAUCCCAUCUGGAAAACAACCUGAUUGGAAGCACAACCCUGCUUCCUCUGCAGUCGGUGAAGGUGAUGUGAACAAUUUGAAUAUGGCUACUUCGCAGGGUAAUUCUAGCAACAUACCUGCUCAAAUGCAGCAUCUUCCCCCUGGCCCUGGGUCACCUCUUCUGCCCAUAGCAUCUCCACUCGCUAUGUUUGAUGUUUCUCCUUUCCAGUCCACCUCAGAUGUGUCUGUCCAAGCUCGUUGGUCUCCUGUUCCUGCUUCACCUAUGCAGUCUGCUACACCAUCAAUCCCAUUGCAGCAACAGGCAGAAGGUGUACUACAUUCUCAGUUCAGCCAGGGGCCUCCUUUGGACCAGUCAUUGACUAACAAUAGGUUCCCAGAGUCCCGAACAUCAACAUCCUCUGACUGCUCUAGGAAAUUUCCUGUGGCAACAGAUGCAACCAUAACCCAGUUGCCUGAUGAACUAGGGUUGGUGGAACCAUCUAGCUCCUCCACCAUUCCUGCUGCUUCAGCACCACAAGAUGCUAAGAGCCCGUCCCUCAUCAAAGUUGCUGAUGCUGCCAAGAAUGAUGUCCUAAAUAAUGAUGGUAUUAAAAGUAGUGGGCAUAGCACAAAUUCUGCGUUGAAGUCUGUUCAGUCUUCUUCCCAGCAAAAGAAUAUAUCUUCUCAGCAUUACGGGAACUCUUCCUGGUAUAAUCAUCCGAGAGGGAAUGCAAUCUCGCAAAAGAAUGGGUCAGGUGAAUGGACCCAUCGUAGAAUGGGUUUCCAAGUAAGGAACCAAUCGAUGGGUGGAGACAAGAACUUUCCCACUUCAAAGAUGAAGCAAAUUUAUGUGGCUAAACAGACCAAUAAUGGCACGUCAACAUCGUCAUGAUGAUAGGAAAAUAAAGCUUCUCGGACUUGAUAGGGAAGCAUUUCUUUUCACCAAAUGCAAAAUUUUUGUUGUAUCGCUUGUACUGGUGAGUGGUUUUGGAACUUUAUAUAUCCGCUGGUUUUUUCUGAUUGGAGUUUGCACAAGUGGUGUUGGUGAAUAGCAGUUUUGGUAUUGGUUUUUGGGUUACUAUGUAGGAAGAAAUGGGGUGUAGUUGGGGGUUCAGUUGGGCCUUUGCUAGAAGACUAUGCAGUGGUUUUUGUGUGAAGGAGCUGGAUGAGCCCCGUCACUCUUUUAUGUUCCACUUUGUUAUGGUGCGUAAAUGUCUUUGGGAUUUGAUCAUUUAUUAUGAAGGAUCCAGCUGAUAUAUUUUUUUUAUCUUACUAAUGAUAUAAAAAAUUAAAUAUAAUAUGGGCCUUGGGUA